AGUUUGCCGGUGGUAACCCCGCUUGAUGACCGCCAUCCCAGCGUCACCAAACCAGACACUACCCAGGCAGCUCCAGCCUCAACACGUUGAUGGUCUCCACAAUGAUUUGGAAAGACUCCCUCCACCAGCAGCCAAUGACCAGCUGCCUGAUCUCGAGUAUGCGGGCCUGUAUGACCAUCAGCAGCCACUGAAGGAGCCUAUCGAACAACAUAGGAAAGGCCAGUUCACUGCAGUGAGUGCAGGCAGCGGCGGAGUUCUACUCUUGUUCCUCUACACCUUCCUCGAUGCCAACAAGGCUGUUAUGGUCUACUGGAGUUACAGUGCUCGGUCUCCCGAUGAGAGAUACUCAGCAGGAUCCAUGGUUCUCGCUGAGAAUGUCCUGUCACUCGUGGCUUCACUGAGCAUAUCCCUGGUAUGUCUUGGUUCGAGACAGUGCCAUUCGAUGUGGUCUACUCGCUACUUCCUUCGACUCAUCCCCAGCGCCCUCAGUUUCACUAUGGCCAGAAUUCUGGGCCUGCGAGCGUUGCAAUACAUCGAUGCUGGUACGUUGAAGGUGAUGUCCCAAGCAGUCCUUCCGACCAAUGCCAUCCUUUCUAGUUUGCUCAUGGGCACUAGAUACUCGGUCAUACAAUUGCAAUGCCUCCUGCUCGUAUUCGUGACAACCGCGGCCUUCUAUGAGAUACGAGUAUUCGAGGAGCGACAGUUCGCAACGAUCAGCCAGGGACUGCCCCUUUUCUUGGCGACUUUGACGUUCACCAGCAUCGGUGCCGUGUACUCCGAGAAGUGUAUCAAAGCUGGUGGCGAUGUCCCUUUCUAUUACCAGAAGGCGAUGCUGUCGAUAGCAAGCUGUCUAUGCGUGGGGACUCUCAUGGUCAUAGCGCCUGUUAUUGAUGGUGACGCUACUCGGAGGUUGAGUCAUCUUUUCGACCACUGGGAUGAGCGUACACUCAUCGCCCUGGUGUCGUGGACCUUGUCGAGUUGGACGGCAGGUAUCGUUGUGAAAUGGUUGUCUGUUGUGAUCAAGAACAUAGCACAAUGUGUGGCAAUACUCAUCACAUAUUUCAUAACGAGCAUUUUCUUACUCCACGAGUACCCUUCCUUUGCUGCUGUUCUCCUGGCUUGUGCGGUACUACAAUCAUCAUUCAUGUACGUAUCGACUAUCCUUCCCCGGUAUAAGUGACUGAAUUCGAUGGCGGCCAUUCUCGCAGGUCAUUUCCACCU